CUUCUUCGUAUUUACAGAGCUCUAACGUUCUUGAAGGACCAUCUUCUCUAGCAAGCAUCGCAGGUUGUACUUUACCCAUAUCAGUCGUUCCUCAAUUGGAGGAGCAAUUGAGCCGUUUUAUACAUUCGUUUCAUAAUGUUCUCCUUUCGUAAAAUAUGGGCUUCUGUCAGCGUGUUAGUUGCUCUCUUUGGACUUACUGUGGCAGAAGCUGUUGAACAGCAAAAGUCAUGGCUUGUGGAUUCACUACCAGGUAUCCCUGAUGACUAUACGCAAAGAAUGUAUUCUGGUAAUUUGGGAAAAGACGAACAACUAAAUGGGGAUCUGUUCUUCUGGAUGUUUGAAUCGGCAAAUGCUAGCUUUGCAAACAGGACUAUAAUAUGGUUGAACGGUGGUCCGGGUUGUUCUUCAGAAGAUGGUUCCUUAAUGGAAGUUGGGCCUUUACGUAUGGGAGGCAAUGGUACAUUCCAUUUAAAUCAAGGACGAUGGGAUGAACUUGGUAAUAUCUUGUUUGUCGAUCAGCCAAAAGGCACCGGAUUUUCGUAUUCGUUAGAUGAUGACUACAUGAGUGAUAAUCAUGAGAUGGCCGAAGAGUUUUCUAUUUUCUUUGAGAAGUUCCUGGCUGAAUUUCCUGAACGGGCCAACGACACUUGGUAUAUUUCUGGUGAAUCGUACGCCGGUCAGUAUAUUCCAUAUGUCGCCUCAAAACUUAUAGAAAAGGAUUUAGUUCGUUUGGGUGGUCUAGCUAUCGGAAAUGGGUGGAUUCAACCCAUUUCACAUUACAAUACCUACUUGAAUUAUUUAGUAGAAAAGGGGAAGUUAGACCUGUAUACUGAACAGGGUCAAUAUCUUCAUCAUUCAUGGGCGGAUUGUAUGUUGGCGCUUGAGCAAUUGCAAUCUGGCUCAGGCGAUGUUGAAAAAUGUGAGAAUUUUCUUUACGAUAUAAUGUUCAUGCUUUCAGACAAACCGGGAAACACAUGCAUGAAUAUGUAUGACAUUAGUCUGGAGUCUAGUUACCCUCUUUGCGGCAUGGACUGGCCCGCAGAGCUUGAAAACCUGACUCCUUAUUUGAGCAAGCCCGAGGUAUUGCAAGCAUUACAUGUAAACACUACUUAUGUAAAGGAGUGGAAAGAAUGCAGUAAUGACGUUUCAAAUAACUAUGCUCGUGAAGGAAUUGAUUCAUCUGCAAAUCUCAUCAAAGAUUUGGCAUCGAAGAUUCCUAUUAUGUUAUUUUAUGGUGAAAAUGACUUUCUUUGCAAUUAUUUGUCAGGUGAAGAUUUACUUAAAUCUUUGGAAUGGAAUGGCGAAGUUGGUUUUGGAAAUGCUUCUUGGUCCAGCUGGUAUACCGGAGACUCUACUGAUGAGCCAGCCGGAAGUUAUAUUCAAGCUCGAAACUUAACGUUUGCUCGUAUUGCAAAAGCAAGUCAUAUGGUUCCUUAUGAUCAUCCGAUCGAAAUGAAGACGUUGGCGGCGGCAUUCUUUGAUAAUGACAUUCAACGUUUACCUACUCAUCCUUCAGAACAUCUGCCAGAUCCAGGACACGCAAGACAUAGUAAAUGGCUGUAUUUAAGCCUUCUUCCUGUUGGAUUGACGGUUUCGGGAUUAUUUGGCCUUUAUGUUUGUCGUAAAUUCCAGUUAUUUGGACUGAAAGAGGCGUCUUAUGAAGCUUUGCCUGGAAGCCCAUAAACUUAUUUAUGUCAUUCGUUUUUUAAUUUGGGCCUAAUUCUAUUAUAAUUCAGUAUUUGUCUGGAUACAGCGUAGUACAGCUGAGUUGAAGACAUUUCUUUUGUGAAUGUGCCCCUCUUUUUACAAGGUUUCUGUAAUGCGUUUAGGUAAAUCAACCAUCUACUUUACUUGAUUUGAUCUAUUUUAUUUAGUCUGUUUUAUACUAUUUGAUAUUAUGAUUUUUUUUUCUAAUUACAUUUCAUUCGACUUAUACUUUUAGAGAAGGUAAAUUCCGCAAUG